AUGGCGGAUCCAGCCGAAUGCAGCAUCAAAGUGAUGUGCCGGUUCCGGCCACUAAACGAAGCAGAGAUCCUCCGCGGGGACAAAUUCAUCCCCAAAUUUAAAGGCGAGGAGACCGUGGUGAUCGGGCAAGGAAAGCCGUAUGUCUUCGACAGAGUGUUGCCUCCCAGCACGACUCAAGAGCAAGUUUACAAUGCUUGUGCAAAGCAAAUUGUCAAAGAUGUCCUUGAGGGUUACAAUGGGACGAUUUUUGCGUAUGGACAGACCUCGUCAGGAAAAACACACACCAUGGAGGGGAAGCUACACGACCCUCAGCUCAUGGGCAUCAUUCCAAGGAUUGCGCAUGACAUCUUUGACCAUAUCUAUUCCAUGGAUGAGAACCUGGAGUUCCACAUCAAGGUUUCCUAUUUUGAGAUCUACCUGGACAAAAUCAGGGACUUACUUGAUGUAUCCAAGACAAACUUGGCUGUUCAUGAAGAUAAAAAUAGAGUCCCGUACGUAAAGGGCUGCACCGAGCGAUUUGUGUCAAGCCCGGAGGAAGUCAUGGAUGUGAUAGAUGAAGGCAAAGCAAACCGCCACGUGGCUGUAACAAACAUGAAUGAACACAGCUCUAGAAGUCACAGUAUCUUCCUGAUUAACAUUAAGCAAGAAAAUGUAGAGACUGAAAAAAAACUCAGUGGAAAGCUUUAUCUAGUUGAUUUGGCUGGGAGUGAAAAGGUCAGCAAAACUGGUGCCGAGGGAGCUGUUCUCGAUGAAGCUAAAAACAUCAAUAAGUCUUUGUCUGCUCUUGGAAACGUGAUCUCUGCUUUGGCAGAAGGGACGAAAACACACGUGCCAUACCGGGACAGCAAGAUGACUCGGAUUCUUCAGGACUCUCUGGGUGGGAACUGUAGAACCACCAUCGUCAUUUGCUGCUCUCCCUCAGUCUUCAAUGAAGCUGAGACCAAGUCAACGCUCAUGUUUGGACAAAGGGCUAAGACCAUCAAGAAUACUGUCUCCGUGAACCUGGAACUGACAGCUGAAGAAUGGAAGAAGAAAUACGAGAAAGAGAAAGAGAAAAAUAAGACUUUGAAGAAUGUUAUCCAGCAUCUGGAGAUGGAGCUAAACAGAUGGAGAAAUGGAGAAGCUGUGCCUGAGGAUGAACAGAUCAGUGCUAAGGACCAGAAGAAUCUAGAGCCCUGUGAUAACACGCCCAUCAUAGACAACAUUGCUCCCGUGGUUGCUGGCAUCUCUGCAGAGGAGAAGGAGAAGUACGAUGAGGAGAUCUCCAGUCUCUACCGACAACUGGAUGAUAAGGAUGAUGAAAUUAACCAACAGAGCCAGCUGGCUGAAAAGUUAAAGCAACAGAUGUUGGAUCAGGAUGAGCUUUUAGCUUCCACGAGAAGAGACUACGAGAAGAUUCAGGAGGAGCUGACACGGCUCCAGAUUGAAAAUGAGGCAGCCAAAGACGAGGUGAAAGAAGUUCUCCAGGCUCUGGAGGAGCUGGCUGUCAAUUACGACCAGAAGUCGCAGGAAGUGGAGGACAAGACCAGGGCCAAUGAGCAGCUGACAGACGAGCUGGCCCAGAAAACGACUACACUGACAACCACGCAGAGAGAACUGAGCCAGCUGCAGGAGCUUAGCAAUCAUCAGAAGAAAAGGGCCACCGAGAUCCUGAAUCUGCUGUUGAAGGAUUUGGGGGAGAUAGGAGGAAUCAUUGGCACCAACGACGUGAAGACUUUGGCAGAUGUGAAUGGAGUCAUUGAAGAGGAAUUCACCAUGGCCCGGCUGUACAUCAGCAAGAUGAAGUCGGAGGUCAAAUCUCUGGUGAACCGCAGCAAACAGCUCGAGAGCGCCCAGAUGGACUCCAACAGGAAGAUGAAUGCCAGUGAGCGGGAGCUGGCAGCGUGCCAGCUGCUCAUCUCCCAGCACGAAGCCAAGAUCAAAUCCCUGACGGACUACAUGCAGAACAUGGAGCAGAAGAGGAGGCAGCUUGAGGAGUCCCAGGACUCGCUCAGUGAAGAGCUGGCCAAGCUCCGAGCCCAAGAAAAAAUGCAUGAAGUCAGCUUCCAGGAUAAGGAAAAGGAGCAUCUGACCCGGUUACAGGAUGCCGAGGAAAUGAAGAAGGCGCUGGAGCAGCAGAUGGAGAGUCACCGGGAAGCCCAUCAGAAGCAGCUGUCCAGACUCCGGGAUGAAAUCGAGGAGAAGCAGAGAAUCAUCGAUGAGAUUCGGGAUUUGAAUCAGAAACUGCAACUAGAACAGGAGAAGCUCAGUUCUGAUUAUAACAAGCUGAAAAUAGAGGACCAAGAGAGAGAAAUGAAACUGGAAAAGCUCUUAUUGCUCAAUGAUAAAAGGGAGCAAGCCAGAGAGGACCUCAAAGGGCUGGAGGAGACAGUGUCUCGAGAACUCCAGACUCUACAUAACCUCCGUAAACUCUUUGUCCAGGAUCUGACUGCGCGGGUUAAAAAAAGUGUAGAGCUGGACAGUGACGAUGGAGGAGGCAGUGCUGCCCAGAAGCAGAAAAUUUCCUUCCUGGAGAAUAAUCUGGAGCAGCUCACCAAGGUUCACAAACAGCUGGUCAGGGACAAUGCAGACCUGCGCUGUGAGCUGCCCAAGCUGGAGAAGCGCCUGCGCGCCACGGCCGAGCGCGUGAAGGCGCUGGAGAGCGCGCUGAAGGAGGCCAAGGAGAACGCCAUGCGGGACCGCAAGCGCUACCAGCAGGAGGUGGACCGCAUCAAGGAGGCCGUGCGGGCCAAGAACAUGGCCAGGAGAGCUCACUCGGCCCAGAUCGCCAAGCCUAUCCGCCCUGGACACUACCCUGCAUCAUCUCCAACGGCGGUCCACGCCAUCCGAGGGGGAGGAGGCAGCUCUUCAAGCUCCACUCACCACCAGAAAUAA